GAUCGAAAUCGGAUUUUACGUGUAUAUAAACAGGUCGGAAUUCUUCUGAGAAUAUCACUGAGUUCUACGAAGUGGAUCUAAUAGCACUAUCACAAUGAAAUUCGUAGUAGCUUUCGUUGCAAUUUUGGCUACGGCCAGCGCCUGGCAGGUACCUAACCUUGGCAGAGGCCAGCUUCAUAAGGAUUUACAAGAAUUCGUAGAUUUGAUCCCUACCAAAGAAUUGGUCAAGAUUUUUAUGCAAUAUGCCAAAGAAGAUGCUGAAGUGAAGAAAGGCUUGGCAUAUAUGCAGACUGAUGAUUUCAAACAGUUGGUUCAGGAAGUCGAGGCUAUGCCUGAGUAUAUUAACUUGUUGAAUUACAUAUAUGAAGCUGGUGUCGACGUUUACUACCUUGUAAACCGUCUCCACGAUUACAUCCACAUUCCUAGAUUGACACCACCAAGCUUUUCCGAAUACGGAAUCACUGGUGGAUUCAAGGGUCUCGUCGAAGACGUCAAGAAAAUCAUUCCCCUAGACAAAAUCAAGGCUCUUUACCACCAAAAACUCCAAACCUCUCCAGCUUUCAAACAACUCGUCGAUCGUCUCUCUUCUUCUGAAUUCCAGGCAAUCGUUAACAAGGUCUAUGGUAAUCCACGUUUCCAAUACCUUUUGAAUAAGGCCAAGCAAGCUGGUCUUGAUGUCAAUCGCGUCAAAGAACUUCUCCGCACCAUCCUUGGCAUUACCGUUCCCGCUUACUACUAUAUGAAGUACCAUUUAACAUUCCUCGCAUCAUUGAUCCUAGUUGGAGUGUUCGGUUAUCCUCUCGAUGAUAAUGAUUGGAGUAUGAAUGAUUUGGAUCACGAUAUAAUGGAUUUUUAUAAAACUUUACCUAUAAACAAAAUAUUACUAAUAACAGAGAAAUAUAGGAAAGAUCCUGAAGUACAAGUUACGUUGAGAUAUAUCACGGGCGAUGAGUUUCACAGGUUACUUAGUAACGUAGAAGAUUUGCCAGAAUUUAAAAAAUUCGUUCUAUACAUUCAAGAAGCUGGUUAUAACAAGAUAAGAGAAAUGAAAGCUAUUCAUUUACUUGCGGGAAUGAAAGAUUACGUACCACCUAAACAACCUAAUCCAAUGGAAGAAGUUGGAUAUGGUGGAUUGAAUGGUUACAUAAACGACAUUGUCGCUUUACUUCCGAAAGAAAAAAUUCAGAAACUUCACCAAGAGAAACUCGUAACAUCGGCGGCCUUCUCAAAAUUCAAUUCUUAUAUUCGUUCGGAAAAAUAUGUUCAACUUAAGGAUGCUUUGACAAGCAAGAAUGAAUAUCUACAAUUAAAAGAAAGAUCGAAUGCCGCUGGGCUCGAUAUCGAAGCAAUUGAAAAAUUCAAGUACCAACUCCUUGGAAUUCAGGAAAUGAAGUACAUUUUGACGUUCCUCGCGGCUUUAGUCGUCGUUGGAGUUUCUGCAAUUCCACUUAAUGGCAAUCGUACAGAUUUAUUAAAUGGCAAUAGAUCAGAUAUAUUUGUUGAAAAUAUUUUUGGUAUAUAUAAUUACAAUAAUACGAUAAAUGAUUUGGAUAAAGACUUCAUAGAUUUCGUCAAACUCAUACCUAUAGACAAACUACGCAACAUUAUAGAAAAAUACAAAAAUGACAAAAUUAUAAUAAAUUUAAUUUCUUAUAUGAAGAGUAAAGAGUUCCACGAAUUGGUAUAUGCUGUAGAAGCCUUGCCAGAACAUCACGAAUAUGUUCUUUAUCUUCAAAAAUCGGGAUAUGACAAAAUUAGAGAACUUAAAGCAAUUCAUGAAGUUCUUGGAAUGAAAGAUUACGUACCACCCGAACCAUCGCACCAAGUAUUUAAAAGGGACAACAAUUCGGAAGGUGGAUUGAGUGGUCUUAUCAAAGAAUACAUCGCAAUUCUUCCUGUGAAGGAAAUCAAAGAACUUCACGAAAAGAAACUCAAGGAUUCGCCAGCCUUUGCCAAAUUUUGCUUUUAUAUUCGUAACAAAAAUUUAGUUCAGAUAAUCAGGCGUCUCCUUAGAACCGAAGACGCGCAAAAACUUGUGCGAGAAUCCAAAAAAAUGGAUCUUGAUUAUUUCGCGAUUGCAGAUUUUUAUCUUCAUGUGCUUGGCUUCAGACCAAAUAUUGUAUGCCAGUGUUUCAAUAUAACUGGAAUUAACUACAUCAUCCGUGUGAUCUUCUUGGUUCCGAUAUAUUCGAGUUUAUCAUCGUGCGAUAUAAACUAUUGUGUACUACUAAUAAUCAUUCUACCAAUCAUGAAGUACAUUUUGACGUUCCUCGCGGCUUUAGUCGUCGUUGGAGUUUCUGCAAUUCCACUUAAUGGCAAUCGUACAGAUUUAUUGAAUGGCAAUAGAUCAAAUAUAUUUCGUGCAAAUAUUUUUGGUAUAUUUAAUGACAAUGAAUCGGAACCAAAUCCUUUGGAUGAAGAUUUCUUAGAUUUCCUAGAACUAUUACCUUGGGACACACUUAACGAAAUUGCAGAAGAAUACGAAAAUAAUACAGACAUUAUAGAAACGUAUCAUUUUGUAAAGAGUAAAGAAUUUCACAAUUUGGUAUAUGCUGUAGAAGCCUUGCCAGAACAUCAAAGAUAUGUUCUUUAUCUUCAAGAAUCGGGAUAUGACAAAAUUAGAACACUUCAAGCAAUUCAUAAAAUUCUUGGAAUGAAAGAUUACGUACCACCCGAACCAUUGCACCAAGUAUUUAAGAGGGGCAACAAUUCGGAAGGUGGAUUGAGUGGUCUUAUCAAAAAAUUCAUUGCAACCCUUCCUGUUAAGGAAAUCAAGGAACUUCACGAAAAGAAACUCAAGGAUUCGCCAGCCUUUGCCAAAUUCAUCUCUUAUCUUCGUGAUGAAAAAUUCUCUAAGAUAAUGAAGGCUCUCAUUGAAAACGAAAACGUAAAAAGAAUCAUAAAAGUAUCCAAAAAAAAUGGUCUUGAUUUCUUUGUGAUUACAGAUUUUCUACUUCGUAUUAUUGGCCUCAGACCAUAUUUGUAUAUAAAUACCUACUUUGCAAUGAUUGCGAUAUAUUCGAGUUUAUCAUCGUGCGAUAUAAACUACUGUGUAUUGCUAACAAUCAUUCUACCAAUCAUGAAGUAUAUUUUGACGUUCCUCGCGGCUUUAGUCGUCGUUGGAGUUUCUGCGAAUCCACUUAAUGGCAAUCGUACGAAUUUAUUGAACGGCAAUAGAUCAAAUAUAUUUAGUGAAAAUUUUUUAGAUAUAUUUAAUGGCAAUUAUACACCAUCUUUGGAAAGAGAAUUCUCAGAUUUCUUUAGACUCAUACCUAUGGACAAAGUAGGUGAAAUUUUUGAAACUUACAAGAAUGAUCCCGAGAUAAUAAACGCAAUAUAUUACUUAAAGAGUGAUAAGCUCCACCAAUUGGUAUAUGCGGUCGAAGACUUGAAAGAAUUUCAUGAUUGCGUUCUCUAUCUUCAAGAAGCAGGAUUAGACAAAAUUAAACAACUUAAAUUAUUACAUUUAAUAUUUGGAAUGAAAGAUUAUGUACCACCCAAACCAUCGCAUGAUGUAUUUAAGAAGGGAAACAAUUUUAAACCUGGAUUUAAAGGUUUCAUCGAGGCAUUCAUCGGGAUCCUUCCUGCAAAGGAAAUCAAGGAACUUUACGAAAAGAAAAGCAAAGAAUCGGAAACCUUUGCCAAAUUCAUCUCUUAUUAUAACAGCAACAAACACUUUACAUUGCGCCAAAAACUUAGUGAAACUCCUGAAGUACAAACACUUCUGAAAAUGUUGAAGUUAGUUGGUAUUGAUUGCCUGGCGAUUGAAGAUCUUCAUCUACGUAUGAUUGGCAUGAGACAAUAAAUCAUUCAAAUAUUUAGAAUAAAAUUGUUCUAUGGUAUAUAUAAUAAAUAUAUUUUCAUUUGUAAUGCAAAUAAAUGUAUAUUUUUUGUGACUUACAUUUAGAAAUUAAUAAAAGUACAAUGCAUUUAAAAGUU